UCCCCACAGAACGGUGUUGUCACGUGACUGGUGACGGCCGUCGGAACUGGAAGAGGAAACCUCCACCUUGUCGCCGGGAUCGGCCGCUUCCGAUGCGGUCCGGAUGGAGGCGCCUCCGGGGGAGCCUGGGCAGCAGCGGCCGCUGCGGGAGCCACCGGCGGCGGAGAGAGAAGCGGCAGAGGGAGAGCCCAUCCUCUUGGCUGAGCUGAAGCCAGGGCAGCCUCAGCAAUACGACUGGAAAUCCAGCUGCGAGACGUGGAGCGUGGCCUUUUCCCCGGACGGCACGUGGUUUGCCUGGUCUCAGGGUCACUGCAUUGUCAAGCUGCUCCCAUGGCCUUUGGAGGGAACCCAGCAGAACUGCAAAGCUUCGGAGUGCAUGAAAGCCGAGGCCAGGGGCCGUGGCAGGGCCAAGGAGAAGACGCUGGAGUGUGGGCAGAUCGUCUGGGGCUUGGCCUUCAGCUCCUGGCUGCCUUCCCGUUCGAGGAAGCACAUCCUGUGGGCGCCGAGUCCUGCGUGUUUGGUCCUCGCCACUGGCCUGAAUGACGGGCAAAUCAAAGUCUGGGAGGUUCAGACAGGGCGCUUGCUGUUCAGCCUCUCGGGACAUCAGGACGUGGUAAGAGACUUGAGCUUUGCGCCGGGUGACAGCCGUUCAAUCCUCAUCUCCGCCUCGCGUGACAAAACCCUGCGCGUCUGGGACCUGGGUCAAAACGGGAAACAACUGAAGGUGUUGUCUGGACACAUGCGGUGGGUCUACUGCUGCUGCACCUCCCCUGAUGGUCGAAUGCUGUGCUCCGCAGCUGGAGAGAAAUCGGCCCUGCUAUGGAGUAUGGAUUCCUACAGCCUCCUCAGGAAACUGGAGGGCCACCAGGGCUGCGUCGUGUCCUGCGCCUUCUCCCCGGACUCUGCGCUUCUCGCGACUGCCUCGUACGACACCUAUGUGAUCCUCUGGGAUCCUUGCACAGGGGAGCAGCUGAAAUCCCUCUGCCACGUUCCGCUGCAGCCGGCCCUGGACCAUGGCGCCGACUUCCACGCCAGCUCCCUGCGAUCGGUCUGCUUCUCGCCUGAAGGCCUCUACCUGGCGACGGUGGCAGAUGACAGGCUCCUGAGGAUCUGGGCCUUGGAGCUGGGGAGCCCAGUUGCCUUUGCCCCAGUGAAGAAUGGGCUCUGCUGCACCUAUUUCCCCCACGGGGGGAUCAUUGCUACAGGAACAAGAGAUGGCCACGCACAGUUUUGGACGGUCCCCCAAGCCCUCUCCUCCCUCAAGCACUUAUGCCGCAAGGUUCUCCGCAGCUGCUUCACGACGUACCAGGUGCUGAAGCUGCCCAUCCCCAAGAAGAUGAAGGACUUCCUCACCUACAGGACUUUGUAAGCCACCUACAGGAUGCGGGUUGACGGAGCUGUGCCUGCGUUCCACUGGACGGAGGGGGCGGCUGGCCUCGCCGAUCGCUCGUGCGAUAAGCUCUGGUCUUUUGCAGUGCAGGGAGGCCCAAACGGUCUGGUUGCCCCCUGCUCCUUUUGUGUGGGUUUCUGUGGUUAAAGAGACUUUUUAUAUCUGGACAAACACAGAUGGGCUAUAGGAAGAAAAUCUUUUGUGCGUCAGCCCUACGGAGAGCGGUGCAGCCAAUUUGACUGCUGUAGCCCUGUAGAAUGUGGACUUCUGUAUUUAAAUGCAGCCGCUCCCUUUUGGACACCGGGAGCUGAAACCUUACACGGGAGCCACCGGGGAAGAACUGUUGCCUGCAGGUGACUUAGUCUGCAAAUCAUAGAAUUGUAAGGGACCACGGGGGGCGGCGGGGGGGGAUCUAGUUCAACGCUCUGCAAUGGAGGGAUCUUUUGCCCAACCUGGUGCUUGAACCCAUGACCCUUAAGACUAAGCGUCUCAUGCGCUAACAACUAAGGUAUCUCAGGCCUGGAUCUGGCUGCUGUUCUUUGGAUCUGGACCACUGCCUUCAACAUGAAUGGUGAAGCCAGGAGGUCCUGCUACAUCCUGGAGGGAGAUUAACCUUUUGUGUCCUGUUAGGGACUAAAAGUGAUGCUUUGAAUGUCUCUUGGUUUAGGAUGGAGAGGAACAGGUUUGGAAGAAUGUCCUCAACGCAGGUGCUAUGGCUGUAGAGGACUAUUUCAAAGCUAAUAGUUCAUUUUGGAGCAGAUUCCCACCCCCUCCAAAAAAAGACCCUCCCCCAAAAAGAAUUGAGGUUGAGAUGUGGCAGGAGGUUCCCUUAUGUUAGUUUCAACAGAAUCAUGCAGGAAGCUGAAGUAAUAAUUCAAGUGAAUUCAGUGUGUGGAAGAGGGAGAAAUAGCAGAGGGGUGAGGAACAUGACUCAGCAGCUGUUGUUGUUGACUUCAGGUCUCUUGAGUUCCAGCUAGCAUAGAGACUGGUCAAUGUUUAUGGGAGAUAAAGGCCUAGGGCACACACUUUACAUGCAGAAAAUCCCAGGUUCAACCUAUCCAGUCGAGGAGAUUUUGCAUAAAUAGGGUCAGGGGAAACUGUGGCCCUCUGGAGGCGGCCUGGCCCACAACUCCCAUCAUUCCCUGGCUGUUCUUUGAGACGACCCUGAACAAAUUAUUUCAACCCGUGUUUGGAAGAAGGGAUUGGAUUCAGAUCUCCGCCCAGUCGCGAAACGUUUUUGAACCAUGGAGGCGGUGAUGGCCAGCGCAACUCAGAUGGCUUUGAAAGAGGAUUAGACAAAUUCACGAAGAAGGCUUAUCAAUGGCUUCUACCCAUGAUGGCCUCCACAAGUAUCUGCUUAGGCAUUGCGAAAACAGGAUGCUGGGUGAGAAGGGCCAAUGGCCUGAUCCAGCUGCCUCUUCCUACGUUCUCAAGCUUACUGGCUGACCCUGCGCUAAUCACCCAUCUCUCAGCCCAGGGUACCUCACAAGGCGGCUGUGAGGAUAAAAGGGAGAGGCAGAACCGUUUAUACUAGCUUGAGCUCCUUGGAGGAAUGGUGGGACUUUAAAAUGUAAUAAUUAAAAAAAUUAAAAAUGCUGGCUAGGGCUGAUCGAGAGAGAAGAGCUUCUGAGAGCCACAGGUUUAUUGUCGCUGCUAUACAAUUUGCGCCAGCUGCUCCUAGCCCUGGAUAAAAUUAUUUUGAAAGGGCAAGAGGCCCGACAGGGUGGCAGGUCCCCCUAAAGAUGCAGAGGUGUUAAAAGCGUCAGUUUGAGACACUAUAAUGGUGCAAGACGUUUUAAGGCAUUGAUAUGGGCUGUCUCCUCUUUAUGUGUGUGAUGCGUUAGGCAGAGUCCUUGUCAAAGAGAUCAGAGUUCUGGACGCGGCUUGGAAGUAUGUGGCUGGCUUAGGAGCUGAAGGCGAAAGCGGAUCUCAGUUCAUCUGGAAGCAAUGUUCCUUAUGCAGCCACCUUCCAAGGCUAGUCUCCUAGAAAUGUCCCCCCCCCCCCCUGCACACGACAUAAAUGUUGGACUGAACGUGAGUUAAUUUAUCAAGAUUUCUAGUGAAUGUAUUGUUGUGGGGAGAAUAAAUGAAGCCGAUUGAUUUCCACGCCUAACUACAGAAAGUGUGGCUAGAGGCUAAUAAGAAAUCAAGUCCUAUAAGGAAGUGGUUGGAAGAACGGAGCAUGUUUAGCACGGAGAAGAUGACAUCGUUAAAUAUCUGGAGGGCUGACAUGGUGGAGCAGAUUCUGCUCUGGAACACACAAGAAGUCAGUGGGUGGCAAGGUGACUUUGGCUCCCAGCGCCUGGAUUGCAUCUCUCCUGCUGCUCAAGCCUCUCUGCAGCUUCUAUUGAUGUAUCUUAAAGCAUGCCUGCUAUUUGCAAUUCACACAACUAGCAGCGUGUUUGGCCUUGCAUUGCCAGGCAGAAAAGCUAGGUGAGGUUACUUAAGACCCUGGAUGUAGAACUGUAUUGAACCAAGACACUUUGGCUAGGUGCUGAUAAAAUCGGGUUUUAUUAC